AUGUACUUGGACAACAAAGAUUACAGUACAGUUUCUAAACAAGAGAUGGAGAUGAAUCACACAUCAUCACAUCAAACCAUUUUAUCUGCAAAGGUGGCAGCCAAACCAGCGACCAGAAGUUGCAAUGAGCUGCAGUUAUUUAAAGAGUAUCAUGGCAUGGUAGCAAGCCUUGGAGAGUCACAGACCCUGUGUGAAAAAUCAGCAAUAAGGGAGGAUGGCUGCAUUGCACUUGGGAAGGAUUUCACUCCUGUGCCCAUGCAGGGAAGAUAUCACUUCAAUUUUUCAAAAUUAUUCAGCUCAAGGUCAAAAAACACUGUUUUUACAGAGAAGACACCAUUACUGAAGGUUUCCUCAGAGGAAAGUGGGUUGCAGUGUAUGGCUCUUCAUAAUCCAGAUUUUACCACAGAUGAUGAUUCAUGGGACAACAGCUCUGCAGAAUUUGAGCAAAGGUUUCAACUGGAAAGUGAAAUGACAAGUUUUCCCAGAUCUGCUUCUUCUGAGAAAUAUGAAAUCUUGGACAGCCUUCAUGUCAAGUUCAAUUUAUCAAAGAUGAGAUGCUGCCUAAAAUUCCUGAAAGUUUCAGGUCUCUUUAUCUUCGUAGUUGUCUGCUCUAUUUUAUUUGGCAUUUAUCCAGAUCAAGGUACGCCCUGGCAGAUGUUGGCUGUAUCACCUCUGGAAAGCUUCUCUAUGAAUCUGACUGACUUUCAUGAUUCUGCUCUGUUGAAGUUAGAUAUAGGAGGCCCAUUUGGGGCACAAGUUGAUGAGCAAACAGAGGAAUACAUUGUCGUACAAAUCAGCCAGAGUGAAGACACAGGAUCAAGGAGGAGGCACCAGCAGCAGGUGGUAUACAACUGGUCUCUACCCUUAAGUUCAAGAAGAAAUCAGCAGAUCUUCACAACUAGAACCUUUCAGAUACCAAACAGAGGCACCAUCUUUAUAAACAUUCAAGCUUUCCUUCAGGAGUCUGGAAGUGUUCCUCUCUCCAUGAAGCAUCAGUACCUUCAUGCAAAUAUAGAGGCACAAGUAACAGUAGCAUCCAUCAUCUUAGUAGGUGUCUACGUGCUGAUCAUAUUGGAAAUUGUUCACAGGACCCUUGCAGCCAUGCUGGGCGCUUUGGCCGCUUUAGCCGCCUUAGCUAUUGUUGGGGAGAGGCCAAGUAUGGUCAAAGUGGUCGAGUGGAUUGACUAUGAGACACUGGCAUUAUUGUUUGGAAUGAUGGUUUUGGUGGCCAUAUUUUCAGAGACUGGAUUCUUUGACUACUGUGCAGUAAAGGCUUAUCGGUUCUCUCGAGGCAAGGUGUGGGCCAUGAUUACAUUUCUGUGCCUUAUUGCUGCAAUUCUUUCUGCAUUUUUGGACAAUGUUACCACUAUGCUGCUCUUUACUCCAGUAACCAUAAGGCUCUGUGAAGUACUUAAUCUUGAUCCUAGGCACGUCCUGAUUGCGGAAGUAAUCUUCACAAAUAUUGGGGGGGCUGCCACUGCUGUUGGGGAUCCUCCAAAUGUGAUUAUUGUUUCAAAGCAGGAGCUGAGGAGGAGGGGAUUGGAUUUUGCAGCCUUCACAGGGCAUAUGUUUUUGGGUAUCUGCCUUGUUGUUCUGGUCUCCUUUCCUUUUCUCAGACUUCUUUACUGGAACAAAAAACUUUACAAUAAGGAGCCAAGUGAAAUUGUUGAGCUGAAACAUGAGAUCUAUGUUUGGAGGCUGACAGCUCAGCGCAUCAACCCAGCCAGCAGAGAGGAGACUGCUGUGAAAUGUCUCUUGAUGCAGAAGGUGCUGACUCUGGAGAUGCUCCUGAGGAAGAAGCUGAGGACAUUUCACAGACAAAUUUCACAAGAAGAUAAAAACUGGGAAACAAAUAUCCAGGAACUUCAGAAAAACCACAGAAUAACAGACAAAAUUCUGCUCAUCAAAUGUCUGACAGUGCUGGGAUGUGUUAUUCUUAUGUUUUUUAUCAACUCAUUUGUUCCAGGCAUCUACCUAGAUCUUGGCUGGAUUGCCAUGUUGGGAGCCCUUUGGCUGCUGGUGCUAGCAGACAUCCAUGAUUUUGAGAUGAUAUUGAACAGAGUUGAGUGGGCAACCCUUCUUUUCUUUGCAGCAUUGUUUGUUCUCAUGGAGGCUUUGGCUCAUCUGCACUUAAUAGACUAUAUAGGAGAGCAGACAGCUUUGUUAAUAAAGGUGGUUCCUGAGGAUCAGCGCUUGGCAGUGGCCAUUAUUUUAGUGCUCUGGGUGUCUGCUUUGGCCUCCUCUGUGAUUGACAACAUCCCCUUCACAGCUACAAUGAUUCCUGUGCUUCUCAACCUGAGUAAAGAUCCAGAUGUUAACUUGCCUAUGAAACCAUUAAUCUUCUCAUUGGCUAUGGGUGCAUGCCUUGGAGGUAAUGGAACAUUGAUUGGAGCAUCUGCAAAUGUUGUUUGUGCUGGAAUUGCUGAACAGCAUGGUUAUGGCUUCUCUUUCAUGGAAUUCUUCAGGUUAGGUUUCCCCAUGAUGAUCGUGUCCUGUACCAUUGGGAUGUGCUAUCUUCUUGUUGCUCAUGUUUUAGUAGGUUGGAACUCAUAGUUAUUUAUACUUUCAAGAGUGAGAUAAGCUUUCCCUUUUGUUUAGCUUAUAUCAGAAUGUUAAGAACACAUAU